AUGGUGAUGGUCCUGAGCCCCCUGUUUUUGGUCUUCAUGCUGGGACUGGGUCUGACCCCACUGACUCUGGCUAAGGAUGACCACAGAUACAGACACUUCCUGACCCAGCACUAUGAUCGUAGUCCAAAGGGUCGGGAUAACAAAUACUGUGAAACAAUGAUGGAAAGACGAAACCUGACCAAACCCUGCAAAGGCAUCAACACCUUUAUUCAUGGCAACAAGAAUGACAUCAAGGACAUCUGUAAAGAUAAGAAUGGGAAACCUUACAAAGGCAAUCUCAGAAUAAGCAAGUCUGCCUUCCAGGUCACCAUUUGCAAGCAUAAAGGAGGGUCCACACGGCCUCCAUGCUAUUACAAAGCCACCAAAGCCUACAGAGUCAUCGUUAUCGGCUGUGAAAAGGGCUGGCCCGUCCACUUUGAUGAGUCCUUUGUCCCUCCACGCAAGCAGUCCAGAGCUGGCUCUGCUCUUCCUUCAUAG